GAUUCGUGAGUCAUAUAAAGGAUCGGGUUAUUUAACCCGGAUGAAUCCGGAUUUGCUCAUCUCUACUUGACCACCGCGCCCUGUUCACAGUCGGACAUAACGGAAAAGGAGCAAUACCGUGUUUCACCACAUUAAUAUUAAUGGAGGCGCUGAGUUGCGCACUAUAAAAUACUCAAAAGAGAAGAGAAGAAGCGACAGUCAACAAAAGCAGAGUUUCCUAUCGAGCUCACUGUAAGUGUUGUUGACGAUGGCCUCUGAAGAAAGCAGUCCUCUGGAUUCCUCUCUGGAUGCAUCAUGGGAAGAAUGGAAAGCUACUUACAUGAAGGAAUACAAGACCCCGGCUGAGGAGGCUUUUCGAAGGGGUAUCUGGGAGAAGACUGUGAGGUUCAUUGAGCGCCAUAAUCAAGAGUAUGAACAGGGCCUACAUACCUAUAACGUAGGCUUGAACCAAUUUGCAGACAAGAGACCAGACGAAGUUUGUGGUUGUAUGUCUCGAAGUUCCUGUGAAAAGUGACCCAUGAAUAUCUUCUCUCCUGACCCACCAAAUACUAUUAAUAAACUAUUGAUUACUGCAAACCUAGUUAUGUUACCCCUGUCAGGAACCACACUGUAGAAAAAAGGAAAUCAUAAAAAUACAAUAAAAAUCUUUUUCAAAAAGAAAAGUUGCCAAACAGUUACAGUUAAACCACCGGAAUAUAUCAAAUGUUAUUUUACAGUAAAUUUCCACAAGAUUUGUCCUAAGAUACAGAUUUGUCCAGCAUAUUCUCUCUGUAAUUUUACAGCCUAACUUUGGUAGAAUUACACAUUUUCAUAAUUAUGACCUAUAUUUUAUAACCUAUAACCUUAAAUCUUAACUGUAAGCGAGACAUUGCUGCAAAAUAAACUUGGAUUUCUGCAAA